CACGCACACAUCUUCUUCAUCUUUUGCACGAUUGAGAAUUGCACUGGAUAUCUGUCAUCUACAUCAUGGCAACCACCAAAGACCCUCUCUCUGGACACCCAGGACAUUUGGACGAGCAUCAGACUCAAACACUCGAGGCGUUUCGAUCUGAACUUACUUCGGCCGGAUUGAUCCCUGAGAACCGCGAUAUCAUGACCAAAGAACUUGGUUACGACCGAUAUGAUGAUCAAACGCUCUUGCGAUUCCUACGUGCAAGGAAAUUUGAUAUUCCCAAAGCCAGAUUGAUGUGGGAGAACAAUGAGAAGUGGAGGAAAGAGUUUGGUACGGAUGAGAUUGCGGCUUUUCCUUGUUGUCCGGUGUUUGAUAAUCUUCACUCGCCUCGUCCUGCGCUGUACUCACUCUCACAUCCUCAAUCUCGUUCUAACGUUGCUAUACUACGAUGUUCCUCCCUCGCCCGCUGUCACAGGCACGGUUUCGAUUACCACGAAGGACCCGAAGUCAACAAGUACUACCCUCAAUUCUACCACCGUAUAGAUCGUGAAGGUCGACCCAUCUACAUUGAACGACUCGGAGCCAUCGACGUCGCAAAGAUUGGAGCCUUGACAAAUCAGGAUAGACAGCUCAAACAUCUCGUGGACGAAUACGAAAAAUUCCUCAAGGAUCGAUUGCCAGCAUGUUCAAAGGAGAAGGGAGAGUUGGUCGAGACGAGUUGUACCAUUUUGGACCUGCACAAUGCGGGAAUCAGUAGUUUCUACAGGGUGAAGGAUUACGUGUCCGCUGCCAGUGCCAUUGGCCAGAACCACUCCCGAAACUAUGGGACACAUGUUCAUCAUCAAUGCCCCCUACCUAUUCUCCACCAUCUGGUCCCUUAUCAAACCCUGGCUCGAUGAAGCGACCGUGCGAAAGAUUCACAUCCUGGGAAAAGGGUACAAGAAUGAAUUGGAUCAAUACAUUGACCUGGACAACCUUCCUAAAGAGAUUGGAGGUCGAUGCGACCGAUGCAAGAAUGGAUGUAUGAACUCGAACGCUGGACCUUGGAACAGAAGUGCAGAUGUGGGCGCCUUUGCCAGUGGCGCUGCUGGUGCGGGAUCCACACCGGCCGUGACGGCCACUCCUGGUGCUCCUGCAUCUUAGGAUGGCGGGAUCAUGACUGUCCCCGUCCUCGAAUGUGGAGGAGAGAGGCAGUACAGUACGCGUCCGCCGGAGCCAGUUGUCCCCUCGUUCGGUCUUAGAUGUUCGAGAGAACGA